AAUACGCCUCCAGCCCAGGGCAUGGCAGGCAGACCCCGGGAGCUGUCCUACUGCUGUUCCUGCUUCUACACCGAUAACAUUUUCAUUGAGGAGUAUCAGGCCCAUGUCAGGUUCACGGAUGUGCAGCAGUUCAAAAGGGACUACGAGAGGGCAUUAUACAACAAAGGAUGUCAGACAUCUGAGCAGUUUGGACAUGUUCUGGAAAAGGUCCAGAAAGAAGUUCAGAGGAGAAUGAAGUUAGGUGAGGAGUCAACGCACAGAAGAGCUGAGAUUUCUUUCCGCUAUAAACCGCUGCAUCCUGAGCUGUAUGUUUUACAGGAAUCCUUUUUCGCAGCAGAGUUUUUAGCAGCUGUCAGAUUUUGUCAAUCUCCUCAGGCUGACUUAGGUGGUCUGUUAAAUCAUCUUUACUCCAUACCAGGAAAGAGGGCCUAUCGGCUCCCAGUGUUUGUUCCGGAGUUUUGCAGAGAUUUCUUAGAGGAGCUUGAAAAUUUUGAAAAAUCAGAUUUGCCAAAGGGACGUCCGAACACAAUGAAUAACUACGGGGUUCUUUUAAAUGAGCUGGGAUUAGAUGAAACAUUCAUCACUCCUCUGCGAGAGAAAUAUCUGAAGCCACUCACCGCUGUCUUGUAUCCGGACUGGGGUGGGAGCUGCCUGGACAGCCACAAAGCGUUCGUGGUGAAGUACGCACUACAUGAAGACUUGGACUUAAGUUGUCACUACGACAAUGCAGAGGUUACACUAAAUGUUUGCCUGGGCAAGGACUUUACUGAAGGAAACUUGUAUUUUUCAGAUAUGAAAGAGGUGCCUUCCGAUGAGAGAAGGUACACAGAGGUUGAGCACGUUGUUGGUCAUGGGAUUUUACACAGAGGGCAGCAAGUUCAUGGAGCCCUUCCGAUUGAGUCUGGAGAGCGAUGGAACCUUAUUGUAUGGAUGAGAGCCUCACAAGUCCGAAAUACACACUGUCCUAUGUGCAACCAAAAGCCCCAGCUGGUGGAGUCCCUGGGGGAGGGUGAUGGAUUUACGUAUGUUGAAGGAGAAGACCGAGCAGGAACCGUAGAUGUUUGUUCUUUGGUUUAACAGAGGCUUGGAUAGUCCCAGAAACUUUAUAAAAUAUAAUGCUAGUCAGGUGACUAUUUAAUGCCUUACAGGAAAAUCCAGCCUCACUUAAAUGAUAAUGGGACCCAGAACUACUUGGAUUGAUACAAAAAGAUUGUAAAAUCUAAAUACCUUGAGGCAAAACUGUUGUUUGGUCAAAUGCCAACAAUGCUGUGCCCUGGUUGUUAUUUUAAAUUAAA